AUGCGAUGUUCGCUGGAGCGCUCGGUCCUCUUUCAGCUGCACUUUGUUUUCGUGCUGGCAGCGGGCCACGACGAGCUGUCUGGCGGACUCCUCUCCCUCUCCAAGAAGCAAGGGGGCUUCUCCCAGCCAGGCUCAGGUCCGUCCAUCGUGCACCCCGUGAGGAUCAGCGCUGAUGGCCAGUUUCUCUCCCACUCCUUGUCUCACCAUUUCAAGACCGGGAGAGCCAGGCGCGAUCUGCGGCCCCUGGCUCCGGAGGGACCGGUCUACUACAAGCUCAGCUACAACGGUCGAACUUUAAUGUUCAAUUUGACCAAAAACAACCACCUGCUGUCAACUGAAUACAUCCUGGAGAGGAGGAAUGGCAGCGCCAGCAGGACUGAGCGUGGCUUGUCUGAGGGGAACUCCUGCCACCUUCUGGGCACUGUAGAAGCCCCUGAUGUCAGAGGAACUGCUGCCAUCAGCACCUGCAAAGGACUGAGAGGAUUCUUUUCCCUGCCAGAGGGGCAUUUUUUCAUAGAACCUGCUCAGAAAUUGCCCAGUGAUCCUGCAGGGACUCCAGAGCCACACAUUGUCUCUCCAAGACCCACUGAGGAGAGAAGAAAACGUAGCCUGGAGGUUAAACAGACUCCUAGCUCCUGUGGAGUUCAAGAUGCUCCAAGUGACUCUCUCCAGGUGGAGAAAGAGAGGGAGGAAUGGGAGAGGGAGCAGCGGAGGGGGGAGGCCCGGGCCCAGUCGCGUUCGCAGCGCUCGGUUAGCCGCGAGAGAUGGGUGGAGACCAUGGUGGUGGCUGACUCCAAACUCAUCGAGUACCACGGCGGCGACAACGUUGAGUCUUACAUCUUCACCAUCAUGAACAUGGUUGCAGGAAUCUUUCAUGAUGCUAGUAUUGGAAACGCCAUCCACGUCAUCUUGGUGCGCCUCAUUCUGCUACAAGGAGAAGAGAAAGGACUGAAAAUCGUUCACCAUGCAGACACUACUCUGUCCAGUUUCUGUGCGUGGCAGAAAAACCUAAAUCCACAGAGUGACACGCACCCAGCUCACCAUGAUCUGGCUGUUCUGAUCACAAGGAAAGACAUCUGUGCAGGAAUGAACCAGCCCUGUGAGACUCUGGGCCUUUCUCAUCUGUCUGGGAUGUGUCAGCCCCACCGGAGCUGCAACAUCAACGAGGAUUCAGGACUGCCUGUCGCCUUUACUGUCGCUCAUGAGAUGGGCCACAGUUUCGGGAUUCAUCACGACGGCCAAGGGAAUGACUGUGAGGUGGGGGGGAAACAUCCGUUCAUCAUGUCGAGACAACUGAUGUAUGACAGUUCACCUCUUACCUGGUCCUCCUGCUCCAAAGAUUACAUCACACGCUUCCUUGACCGUGGAUGGGGUUUCUGUUUGGACGACCGUCCUUCUAAGAGGGAUCUGACCACCCCUCUGGCUCGUCUUGGCAUCCGCUACACCACACAUCAUCAGUGCCAGCUCCAAUACGGUCCAAAUGCAACUAUCUGUCCUGAGGUGGAUAACGUUUGCCAAAUUCUUUGGUGUUCAGUGAAUGAUAGCUGUCGAUCCAAACUGGAUGCACCUAUAGACGGCACCCGGUGUGGACCAGACAAGUGGUGUAUUUCUGGAGAGUGCGUAAUUGUGGGUAAGCUCCCAGAGACGGUGAACGGAGGCUGGGGACCGUGGGAGAAAUGGUCCCACUGCUCCAGGACCUGUGGAACCGGAGUUCAGGCCGCAGAGAGGGAAUGCAACAAUCCCAAACCAGAAUUUGGAGGAAAGUAUUGCACCGGAGAGAGGAAGCGCUAUCGGACCUGCAACACCAAACCUUGUCAGAACGAGAAGCCGUCCUUCAGAGAGAUGCUGUGCAGUGAGUUUGACACAGUGCCGUAUCACAACGAGCUCUACCAGUGGAUCCCGGUUCUGAACCCGUUAAAUCCCUGCGAACUUCACUGCCGACCUGUUAGUGAGCAUUUUUCGGAGAAGAUGCUCGACUCGGUGACCGAUGGGACCCCGUGCUUCAUGAACAACAAGUCCAGAAACAUCUGUGUUAACGGAGUGUGCAAGGAGGUCGGCUGCGACUUUGGGAUCGACUCGAACGCAGAGGAGGAUCGUUGCGGAGUCUGUCUGGGCGACGGCACAAGCUGUGAGACGGUUUAUAAGACAUAUGCUGAGCAGAAAAGUUUUGGGUACGUGGACGUGGGGGUGAUACCCGAGGGCGCCCGGGACAUUCUGGUGAGGGAGGCCGAGGAGGCAAGUAACUUCCUGGCCCUGAGAAGUGUGGGGUCGGACGAGUACUUCCUCAACGGCAACUUCAUCAUCCAGUGGAACGGCGAGUACGAGGCGGGCGGCACGACGUUCUACUACGAGCGCAGCGGAAACAUGGAGAACCUCACGGCGCCCGGACCCACCAAGCAGCCAGUCAUGCUCCAGUUGCUCUUCCAGGAGAACAACCCAGGUAUAAAGCUGGAAUACACCAUCAAGAAGACGAAAGUUACUGAAAAUGAGGUCCCUGAACCUGUUUACAGCUGGAGACACGGAGCCUGGACCGACUGCAGCACCACCUGUGGCCUAGGAGAGCAGCACCAGCCGGUACUGUGUUUUGAGACCGAUGUGGGCGUUGUGGACGAGUCUCUGUGCGGCCCCGACAGCCGUCCAGAGGACCGACACCGAAAGUGUAAGAAUAUGGAAUGCCCUGCUAGGUGGUGGGUUGGUGGUUGGCAGCAGUGUACAGAAACCUGUGGAUCAGGAGGAUUAAGGAAAAGAACCGUUCUUUGUGUACGCACUGUUUCAGGGGAGGAGAGGGUACUCCACCCUCUGGAAUGCAAGCAUCUGCUUAAACCAAAACCUGUGGUGCCAUGCAACAGAGAUGUUGCAUGUGGGCAGGAAUGGGCUGUUGGCAACUGGGAGGAGUGCCCUUUCACAUGUGGAGGAGGCGUUCGCUCACGCACGGUGACGUGCACGUUGGCACCAAGUAAGACCUGUGACCCCUCGACCAAACCCAGGUCCAAAUCACUGUGCGCUUUGCAGAGCUGCCCAAACUCAAGUCUUCACAGACGGCCCGGACUUCCCCCUGUAUACCGUCGCAUUUACCCAAAUAAAACUCACCCUACCAAACAUCCUGGCUUACCAUCAUUAGCACCCCUAAGCUCCACAGCUGCGCCUACAACAACCACCAAAAAAACUACAACUGGUACCACAGAAUCCACUUUAAGUCCUGAACCUACAGCUACUGAAAUUAUAGACCCAGAAGAUCAUGAGUUUAGUGGUCUGGGGAGAAAAAACAACUAUACAAAGAGGAAGGUUUAUCCUAAUAAAUCACGUUCAGCCAAUAAAGAAAUGAAAACAAGCGUUCGAGAGGAGGAAAAUGCAGACGUAGAGGAGGGAAGUACUGAGGACGGGGUGCUGUACUCCCCAGGAUAUGAUUAUAUUGUGGUGGACAAGACGAAAGAAGAAGAGAAGAUUAUUGACCUGGAUGUUUUCGCCACGGUGACGUCUCUAACAAGUCCUCUUCAGACAACCACACCAAAACCACAAGCACGUCCACUUACCAAGCAUAUAACUAGAGUGCCACCCACAACUGCUUCGCCAUUCGCUCUUACCAGUCCUGACACAUGUGCAAGUACAACCCACCACUUACCCAACAUCGACACCACCUCAAAUGUAAAACCAUACCGCCCAUGGACACAGCGGGUUCCUCUAACAACUCCCCUGUACAAGUAUGGCUCAGUCCUAUCAAAAACUGGCUUCAAAACAAAGCAACCUCCCGCAACAACUAUGAGAAAAUCAGCCAUCACGGCAGCUCCACCUCAAGUGCCAUUUAUUGACGUGAAGAAGCCCUCCCCAACAACCAAGAAAAACACUUCCACUUCUCGCACUAAAAAACCUUCCUCCAGAUCCAAAGGAAGUCACUUCAACGGCCAAAAGCAGCAACCACGAAGUCCACAGAGCAGUUCCACCAGUGACCAAAGCAACCUGAUGGCCAGAGAACCUGUUAGCAUGGAUGUAUAUUGGGUUGUUGGAAACUGGAGCGAGUGUUCGACAACUUGUGGGAUUGGAGCUGUGUGGAGAACAGUGGUGUGCAGUUCAGAGAAUGAGGCCGACUGCGCUGCUAACAUGAAGAGACCGGAGCCUGCAAGAACAUGUCACCUGCAGCCGUGCGCUACCUGGCAAACCGGCAGCUGGAGCAAGUGUCCAGAAAACUGUGGGUUGGUGAGAAGGAGGUACCGUGAUGUCCAGUGUGUUGAUUCUCAGAGCAAACGUGCCCUCAGACCUUUCCACUGCCAGACUGUGUCCAGCAGACCCCCAAGCGCCCUGGUUUGCCCCCACAAGCCCUGUAUGAACUGGACCGUGACACCCUGGGGCCUGUGCUCUAGCAGCUGUGGUGAAGGCAUCAGGGAGCGACUGGUGUUCUGCCCCGAGCCUCAUCGCUGCAGCACCGCUUUCAGGCCCAACAACACACAGCCGUGCCGUUUAAAGCCUUGCAUGCGCUGGAAAGCUGAGGACUGGGGGGAGUGCUCCGUGAGCUGCGGUGAGGGUCAACAGCAUCGUUCAGUCAGCUGUGUGAGCGAGCAGGAUUCGGCCGUGGUGCCAAACCGCUUCUGUGAGAAGAUUUCUGCACCAGAAACUCUCAGGAAAUGCAACAUGCAGGAAUGCAAGAAAUCCACAGUUUGCAGAAAAAACACCAUGUCCUCCCGCUUCUGUGACAAGCUGAAGCUAUUGGGUCGUUGUACGCUCAGGUCGGUGCAAAGACAGUGUUGCUUCACCUGCAGGGCGCUGCCAAGACUGGACGCUUCCUGACCGGAAACCCUACCUACCUUCUGUUCGUGAAGUCCUGGUACGAAGCAACAUCCAUCUACAGACUGACAAACCAAAGUGAUAACGGCAACCUCAGCAAGCCAAAGUUAAUCAUCAAAAACAGGAGUGUGUCUGUGGUCAACCGCGUUUCUUUUUUUCAAUAUUUGUUUUUUCUUUCAUGUGUUUGGUACAUUUUAACAUACUUUAGGAAAAUGUUGGAUAAAAAACUAGAUCAUUUAAAAGGCCAAACAGCUUAUAAUACCUAAUAAAAAUAUCUGAGCAUAAGAGCUUAAAUAACGCAGCAAAGAGUAAAACGAUAUUAUGCACAGGCAUGGGCCGGUAUGAGAGUCUCACAAUGCAAACACAGCUAUUCCAUUGUAUUUUCACAGAAAUGUGAGACAAAAUGUAGAACAUGAUUUCAAUUCUUUCAUUUUAAAGUAGAAAACAAGGUGAUAUGAGCUGGUUAAUUAGUCUUUCUGCUCAGGUUUACAGCUUGCAGUCAUCUUCUUAACAGAUAUGCUCCUCAUGGCUGGCCAGCUGUAGUUUUAAAGGGGACAUAUGGAAAAUCCAUUUUUUUAGCCCUUAAAUACAUUUUGUUGUGUACUUGGAGUCUCCAGGAAUGCAUAAAAUUUGAAUGCAGUCUGUCCAAGUUCCACGUAGAUAUCUUCAUAUUCUGUCUGGGUCAUAUUUUUCAAGCCGUCCAUUUUAACCAUUAAGUCACAGUAUUUGCUGCGGAGCUGCUAAACAAGGUCAUGGACGUCCAGCUCACCAACUUCGCGAACCCACCAUUUUAAUUUCGCUGAGUGAUUUUGUUGUCCAAGAUGAAAGAUACCAAAGCUACUACUGUCCCCCAGCACACUACAAAAAUGGCCGAACGGGGUGGAGUGAAAUGUUCUGUGACCUGGAGGGGGGCGGGGCCUCAUUUAGAUUUAAAGAGACCACACAACAACGAGUUACUCUCAGAAGCACCUCAGAACACGGAGAAAAAGAGGAAAUGUGGGGGUAAAUUAACGACGAAUUUAGAGCAGCUCCACUUUAUAUAGACCACAACUGAAUGAAAAGCAUGAUACGUCCCCUUUAAAACAGCAUAACUUAAUUAAAGCAACCCUGUUCACUUCUGGAAAGAGUGCAGAGAGAUGCCCACAUUGAUGGUAGAAGCAUACAGUUAUCAAACAAUUAAGCCUUUUACACAAUCAAAGCUGUAUCAGUGGUAAUCAUUUUAAUGACAGGUAUUUUGCAGGAUAGUAGCUUAGCAUGGUUGGUAGGUACGUUACAUCCCAUUGCUCAUUUGCUUUAAGCGUGAUGGGUGGUUCUCCUUUGGGAUCUUGGCAUACCUCUGCGUACGCGAGCCGCUUCAACCAGGCACGAGCUCCUAUUCAUACUAUUUUUAGCUAAGUUGAACGAGCUUCUUUUACUAAGUUUUCACAAAAGACUCUUUGGGGCGAUGUUACCCUCGUUUGUACGCUGCCUACUCAGAAGAGGAGAAGAAAAAAAGAAUAGAAAAGAAAGAGGGCGCCAUCUUCUGAUGAAAAUGAUCUCACUUUGCGGUCGAGCGGACAGUAGGGAGGACUAGUUGGAGUGAGUUAGGGCCUCGUUUCCACGCUAUGUAUGCGGUUUUGACAACAAAAUAAAUUUCCUGUUUAAAUGUAUCUUUUGUUCUUUUCGUAAACGUGUGCAGCCAGCUGGGCAGCGGUGUGCAGAAACAGUUACAUUACUUUGUGCUCCACGCAGCCACAAAAACCGUGGUCACUCUAGCACUUUCUCCGGCCUUUCAUUAAAAGCACUCUAAACCGCAGGAACAGCAUUUGGAGUAUUAGAAACAGUAACCUCAGAAUGCCUUUAUAGGCAGCUGGCCCAUGCCUCAUUAUGUGCCAGAACGGGUAAUUCUGGGUUAAAGGUGCUUUUACAGCUUAAUAAAGGUGCUUUUAAAAUCAAGCUGCAGAUGAGUCACAGCUCAUACAUGUUUUUCAAAAUGUACUGGUAAAAGCAGAAUGUACAUUAAAAUGUUCUGUCUUUUAAAACAUUAUUUGGAGGAAAAACUUUAGUAUUUUGUUAAAACUUAGUUUUGUUUCUUAUUGAAUUGCGUGUGUUUUUUUUUUUCUCAGAGCCAGCACUGUGUGUUUAUUUACAACUUGAUAUAGGUCUUUUUUUUCAUAUUAUCAAAAAUGAACAAAUCUGCAGUCAGACUUGUUCUCCUUUAAAAAUAAGGCAGAGGUGUUGCAGGUCAUCCCUCUCAGGUCACUCUAAAGAUGGUCCUUGUGUUUGUGUGAAAUAUUGUACUAUACCAACUUGUGCAUCUUCAGUUGCUUUCCUUGUCUCCAAAUUGUGAGUGCAGGAGGCUUGGACAAACGUAAGAGAACGGAGUGGAGGUGACUCAUAUUCAAUGAAAUGUCUUGCUUUGGUGGGUCACAGGGAGGAAGAAGGUGACAAAUGAGGAGAUUAGACAAUCUUGUCGCCAUUCACAAGGAAUGCCAUCUUCACUGAUACGCUACAUUGCCGAAAGCAUUCGCUCAUCUGCCUUCCCAGCAAUAUAAACCUGAGUGACAUCCCAUCCGCCGGGUUCAAAAUGGUCUCAGCUACAACAGCUUAAACAGGAGUGUGCUUCCGGCAAUCUUUGACCAUUCCUGAGAAGUGCAAUUGUGAGGCGAGGCACUGAUGUAACCAGAUGUAACUGGCCUGCACAUUGUACACUUUAAUGUGUUCUGGCUGUUUAAAGUCAGUAUGUGCAGACCAGUCGUAUUCCUCCACACCAAAUUUGCUCAUCCAUGUCUUUAUGGACCUAGGUUCAUGUUGGAACAGGAGGUCCCCAUUCUCUAACUGUUCCCACAAAGCUUGGAGCUUUGGCUAAAAAUGCCUUGGUGUGUUGAACUAUUAAGAGUGCAUUUCACUGGAAUGAAUGCCCCUUUUCCAUGGUGAGGCGUUGAUUUAAUACAGUGCUGGUUGGCUUGAUUCAGUUCCACACGGGUGGUUUUUCAUUACAAUUGCGUACCACGCCAAUCAGGGUGACAUGGCAAGGCGGCGCUGAGGGUCAGACACUUCAUCAGCUGCUGAG